AAAAUUACUGCCAUUAAUUAAUUAAUAAAUUCAUAUAAUUAUAAGAUCCUAUUAAAACGUUAUUAGUCUCGAUUGACUUUAAAUAUGAUUUGUGAUAUUUUUCUUUUCACCGUAUUAGCUGUACUAUAUUUCAAAGGAAUUUUGUGUGCUGAUAAGGAAUGCCGUGAUUUGCAUGGACGAGCGAUCGAUCCUGGUCUACAUUAUGUACCUGGUCCCGAUACUUGCACAUUGUGCAUUUGUGAUAAUGGACUUCCAAAGUGGUGCAAAGCAGUUUUAUGUUCUCCGCCACAAGACUGCAAGUCUUUUAGAGUAGGAAAUUCAUGCUGCGAUUUCAUUUGUUUGGACGACACCCUGCCUAAAGCUGGUGAUCAAACUGAACACAAUGAGGUUGGCCUAUGACUAAUAGCCAGUGGGGUUACAGCAGCCCUAUCUUUAAGUCUUCUCUUUUUUCUUGUACAUCGAUUGCGACUGCGUAAAGUCCGUGCUCCUGAAAACAGACAGCUUAGCCAAGAUCAACGCAAUAUGGGAAGCAUUGGGUAUAUUGCUGGUUCAUUAGGAUAUAUGGGUGGAAGCAUGGGAUAUUUGGGAAAUACUAGUAAUGUAUCUGAUUAUCCGUAUGAACCAUCAUCAAUAACAUCACAUCAUUAUGCAUUGUGGAAACCUUCUGGAAAUUAUUUUCCUAGAGGAGAGGCGCCACCGCCUUAUGAAGAGGCAGUUGCUGCUGCUCAUGCUGAAGCUUUAGCUGCAACAACUGCAUCAAACCUAAGGCAAUCUGCGCCCACUACUGUUUCAACCACCACUGCUAGCCUACAUUUAGAACCUAGUUCUGCAAAUAGUGACACCACUUUCAAUUCAAACAUUCAAAUUAGUACUACACAAAAUAGUCAAUCUAAUGCAUCAAAUUUAAAUAUUAAUAACAUAAAUCUCAAUGUUCGUGAACGUUCUAAUACAAUUGUAAUUAUGCCAUCCACUUAUAAUCAACAACAGUUUAAUUCCAUAACUCAGGCUCAAUCUAACUUAAAUGUAAAUCGAGGCGGAAAUCAAAGUUUACCAAGUCGAUGUAUAGAAUCUCAUAAUUUAAAUUUGGGUAGAUCGAAUAUUCAUCCUGUUGUAAACCCCAGAAUUGUACCAAAAUCCAAUCAACCUUUGGGAAGUAAUAGUAAUAAUCAUUUAAUUGGAAAUACCAGCAAUUCAGCUUCUAAUUUCAGUAGUAGGUCUGCAAGAAGUUUAAGUAUACCAUUAUCUUCUUCUAAUAAUAUAUCUUCAUCAUCGUCGAACUCUACUCAGUCUAGCAAUCUGAGUACUCUUACUAAUACUCCUACUAAAGCUAGUAACAAUGCUUUAAGUUCACUAGUUUUAUCUCAUAAGAAAAACAAGUCAAUUUUAUCACAUUUGGAACAAUGUGAAGCAUGUUCGCAGCAAGCCAGUGCUUUGGAAAAUGAAAGUAAUGUGGCACUUGAUUUAAGUAAAACACAAAGCGCUGGUGAUCUGUUGCAUGUUUUGCCACCUCCACUAUUUGACAAUGAAAUUGAAGUUAGGAGUACUUCAAGUUCUAUAUCUCGACAUAGAAGUAUACCAAGACAUAUUUCUGUAGUAACAUCCGGAUUACAAGAUGAGGGAAGCAAUUGUCCGUCUUCAAACACUCCUUCAUUGCAUUAUCCGUCUACAUCAAAAUUAAUUAACACCAAUAAUUCAAAUUUAAAAUCACCAAGUCAUUUAAAAAAUAAACUAUUACCAUUGUCAUUACCUUCUACUUCAAAACUAAAAACAAAACCCUUACCAUUGUCUAUCUCCAAUGAGAAAGAUUCACAAGAUUUGGAAUUGGUUAACAAUAAAAAAGAAACGCUUAAUCAAAAUAUGUCUCUAUCUGCAAACCAAAUAUUAACCCAAUCAUCUAAAUACACUGCUUUUCCAUUUGCGAAGACCAAAGAAAAUCUGCCAACAGGGGUGAAGACUAAAGAAGCUAUCUCUACCCCAAAAGCCAAAAAAAUAGAUUUGGAUGAGAACAGCAAAAUAACUGAAAGUACCAGUUUACUAACACACAGUUCUAAUGGUGGGAACAUGACACACUCCAAAAGCACUAAAUCUCUUUACCAAAAUUCAUCUGGUUUAAAUAGUUCGUUGCCCUUGUCAAUAGCUGCACCACUGAUAAAUUCUAAUAACUCAAACUCGAUGGAUGAUGGUGAUGAUUACAGAAGUGAAUGCGAGAACUGUAAAUCAGCACACGGGUCAAGAUAUUAUUUGCAAGAGGAUGAUGAAUUAGGAUCGCCACAUGAAACUAUGACUUUACAGAGAAAAUUAGAAUGCAAUGAAGAUGAGAAUUACUACAGAACAUCUUUAACACUACCGACUAAUAGUAAGAAAUCAAGAAAUUCUUCACUUCACAUACCAAAUUCUGCAAGGGAGAGCUGGUUUAAUAGCAUGCCGUCAACUUCAAGUUCGGAUGAUGACUAAUAAGAUAAAAAAUUAGCUGUAUUACAGAGCUGUACAAAGUUAUUUUGCCAGGUGGCAGAUCAAGCCUAAUAGUUCAGUUGAUAUAAGAAAUUCAUUUAUGAAUUGUGGUUUUGCGUGUAUCUGAUAUGAAACUUCUAAGUUUGGAACUACUAGAGUACAUGUUCAAAAUGUAAGGUCAUAGGGUAAAAACAAUCUGUGUUCAUAAAAAAAUCAUCACACUUUAUUUUAA